GGGACCCUAAUGGAUGUCUUUUGCAUUUUUUAAAACCCAUCUCUUUUUGUGGGGGAUUCUUGGAUCAACACUCUGUCCCUAUAAUGACUGAAACAUCUGAAGGAUGUGAUUGACAAGAGGCUUGUGCAGUCUGCAAAGGAUCCCCCCCCCAUUGAUCAGUUUUGUACCUUGACUCCCCCAAAGAGAAGUAUGCUCAGUGGCCCACACGGUUAGAGAAGAGUUGCCUCUCACUUGGGCAGUGAGAGAACUGGCAUUUUGAAGAUGAGUGCCCCGCUGGUUCCCAAUAAGUCAUGUUACAAUUUAUUGCAGGACAACAGAAACGAGAUGAAGAAUAACAAUGAACGUAUGGUGACUGUUGGAGACACGAAUGCCAACCAAAUCACACCAGAGGUUAGAACCUCUGGAGGGGAAUUAAGGACAAAUGAUCUGUCAAGAGAAACUAGAUGCCGGAAUACAGGUGAGACAGAAAAUAACACACAGUUAGAUUCAGAGAGGAACAGACUUCAGGGCACUACUACUGGCCUAUCAGAGUUUAGGCUGCAUUCCACCAGCAGCAGGGAAUUGCAUAAGGAUUACAGGACUGAUGGGGUGAAGGACUCUUCAAAACUACUCCCAAUUAGCCGGGGACAUAGUUUGUCCAAUCUGAGGAUGAAUACAAAUGAGACCUUUUCAGUGGUUCUUUCAAAAAGCGAUGCUGAUCUCAUUCAGCACGUUUCAAAGGAGAGAGCACCUAGAAGGAUUGAGCCAGAAGGGAUAAAGCGCCUUUCCUUGGGGAGAUCAAGGAAACUGAUGGCUAAAACGGAAGCUUUUGGGAAAGAAUUUGUAGGUCGUGUAUCAGGCAAGCGGUUGCUUUCUGCAUCCUUGGAUUCCAUUGACACCUCGCACCAUUUGAUUGGAGACACCGAGAGAUCUCGUAAAACAUCCACAGACCACUUUUUAGGCGUGGUGUUUCGUCCAACUGAUAGCGCCUCCGAGGGAAACAUUGUCCGUUAUUCUAAGCCACCAUCUACCUCAGAAAUGAAGAAAACAAAUGUUGCAGCAACACAACCAGGUGCGGACAACCUUGCAAAUUUCAACAAACAAAGCACACCACACCCUGCUCACAUAGAUCUACAUUUAACUGUAAAAUCCAGUGAAAUUUGGAGCAGAUCAGAAGCACAAAUAGAUCACCAGGGUGAUAAGAGAGGAAAGGCGGAGUUGAAAAGCCCUCUGUAUUCUCAGUCUAAGAGUAUCUGUCAGCAAAAAAUUGACAGGAAUACGCCGGUUGAAUUUCUCGGAUAUCAGAUGGAGGAAAAUAACAUUGCAGGGCAGAAUAAAAAAGAUUAUGGGUCUGAAGUAUACAAGGAGAAAUCACAUCAGUUGCAGGAAGCUUGUCGCAAAGGAGAGAAUCCAUAUUUAAAUGAGGACUUUGACUCUGCCAGUGACAGGCUGGUAAGUAAUAGUAAUAACUCCCCAGGUUUAAGAAAGGGAGGUAGUCUUAGUGACAGCAGGUCGAUGAACCAACUGAGUGAGUGUAUAGCUGAAAAAGAAGAGGAUUCUCCACUGCCUUUUGCUGGUGACAGCAAACACAGUGGCAAGCUGACACCUACAAGAAAUAAAAACCUACAUGAUACUGAUGCAAGUUGCAUUCAAGCAGCUGGUGGGCAUAUGCCUUUUAUGCAUAACACAAAUCUGCCAGACUGCAAACUUCUAAACAGUAAUGAAAGCAAACUAGUCAAAGGGAAUAGUGAUGUUGCGAUGCUCACCUCUGAUCAACCAAACGUGUUUAGUGCAGAGAAUGCAUCAGAUGAUCACUCUAACAUCCAGGGCUGUGGUUUAGAUGCUACAGGUGUUUCAGUUCUGAGCAAGAAGACGGUCAUUCUAAAGAGAAAUCUUUCAAGCGACACUCCGGAGAGCUGUAAAAUAUCAGGAAGAACGGAUACCUUUUUAUGUGCCCCGACGCCUUUGCGCCCUGUGGUGGCUGUGAAUGUCAGUAAUCACACCACAGCAUCAAGCAGUGGCUUGAAGGAUCUCUAUACACUUCAUGUUGACAAGCUGCCAUCGUCUGCGGUCCUACCUCCCAUUGACGACACACAGUUGCUAAGCCUAUCCCCUAAAGUGCCUAACAAGACUCCCUGUAACAGUGGCAUCCCCAAACCCAUCCUCAUCCAUGCGAAGGGCUCCCAUCUGGCCAAGGACGAUGGGGAGAGCAACGGCAUAGAGAAGCUGGAAGACAAGCCUGAGAUAAAACCAGACAUCCCCAAGCCCAAACAUGUGAGGCCUAAGAUCAUCACUUACAUCAGAAGAAAUCCCCAGGCAAUAAGCCACCUUGACCAUGCAUUUGCCCCAGCUGGAUUACCCUAUGUGGCACCUCCUUGCAGCAUGCCAAUGGCCACAGAGCAGAAGGCUUCGAGCGAUGGAGAUAUUAAAGCAGGCACCGUUCUCUAUGACAAGUUUAAACCUGACUUGCAGAAGCCUCGGAUUUACAGUUCUGGACUCGUGGUGUCUGGCAUUAAAUCCCCAAGCCAUCAUUUUGGUCAAAUGGGUGAAAAAUUUAUCCAGGAGGUUGGGGAAAGGCCUGUGAAAGGAGAAUUUUGUCCUCCACCAUACACUCACUAUGAGGUGCCUCCAAGCUUUUAUCGCUCUGCAAUGAUACUUAAGCCUCAGUUAGGACUGGGAGCAGUUUCCAGAUUACCGUCUGCAAAAAGCAGGAUUUUGAUUACAAGCCAGAGGUCUUCAGCAAGCUGCAUCCAUCCACAAGGGCCAAUAGCCAGUUCUCCUCCGCUUUUUCAUCCAGAUAAUUCAGUUGAUCUCAAAAAAGGCCCGAAUCCAAAUGCUACGAAAUCAAACCUUCCCAAGCCAUGUCCAUCUGGACUUCGCCCUCCUGGUUAUUCCCGCUUGCCGGCAGCUAAACUAGCAGCCUUUGGCUUUGUCAGGAGCUCCAGUGUCUCGUCGAUCUCAAGCAACCAGUCGAAUGACAGCGUCCAGAGUGAUCAAAGCAGGACAGCCAAUCGUUCAAACUUUGGAAACGAGGAGCAAACCAUUCCUAAGGCAGCUGAGCCUUCUAAAGAAACACUCAAGGGGGCCAGUAGGACUCCACCACAGGCAUCAAACAACGCAGCAGCUGCCCGUAGGAGUUUACUUCCAGCGCCGAAGACUGCCGCAACACCUGCUGGCUCAAAGAAAGAAGUACAGAAAGAUCAAGAGGCCAACAGACCCACAGUUUCAUCCCCUAAGAGACUGGUUGUAUCAUCCACCAAGCUCCACUCACCAGGACACCCUAAACAAAGGUCACCUGUUCCAAGGAAUGGAUUUUCCACCAAGCCUGACUUGCAAACUCGAGAGGCUGAGCGGCAGCUCAUCCAGCAAAUGAAGGAGAAGUGUGAUGAACAGGCCAGGAAAUUCAGCUGCAUCCAGGAGGAACUUAAGAGAACCGGCUGCGGCUUUGAUGUCUUUGUUAUCACAACACAGCAUUUCUUUCAGAAAAACGAAAGCGCCCUUGUGAAAGAAAAAGAGCUCUCAGCGGAGCUUGCAAACAUCAAAGAUGAAGUUGCCCUCAAUGCAGCAAGAUAUGAGAAAUUACAAAAAGAGAAGGAGGAGCUGGAAAAGAAGUUUGAGGGCAAGUUGAGGACGCUCGGUUGGGAGCAGCAGGAGGAGCUCCGUGCGCUCGAAGAGCGGCUGCAGUUACAGUACAGUGCCGAAAUAGAGCAAUUGCAAGAGGAUCACAAAGAACAGCUCAUCAGGAUCAAGAGCCAGCACCAAGAGCAGGUGGAAGACAUUACAACAACUCAGGAAGCAGCGAUGAUGGAGAUGGAAAACAGUCAAGCAGUUGCUAUUGCAGUGCUUCAGGAUGAAUAUGAGCGCAAAGUUCAAGAACUAAAGUCUGCACAUGAACUGGAAAAAAGAGAACUGGAAGAGAAUUUUGAGAAGCUACGUCUGUCACUCCAGGACCAGGUUGACACCCUCACUUUUCAGAGCCAGUCUCUGAAGGACAAGGCAAAACGAUUUGAAGAGGCAUUAAAGAAAAACACUGAAGAGCAACUAGAGAUUGCAAUGGCUCCAUACCAGCAUUUAGAGGAAGACAUGAGUAGCCUGAAGCAGGUCUUGGAAAUGAAGAAUCUACUCAUUCAUCAACAGGAGAAGAGGAUCAUAGAGCUAGAGAGGCUGGCUGAAAAGAACUUAAUAUUAGAAGAAAAAAUUCAGGUGCUCCAGCAGCAAAAUGAGGAUCUCAGAGUCAGGAUUGAUCAGAACACUGUGGUGACAAGGCAGUUAUCUGAAGAAAAUGCUAAUCUCCAGGAAUACGUUGAAAAAGAAUCCAAGGAAAAGAAGAGGCUAAGUAGGACUAAUGAAGAGCUGCUGUGGAAGCUUCAGACGUCGGACCCCAUGAGCCCAGUUAAGCUGUCGCCAACAUCGCCCACCCAUAUUUAUCGGUCUUCGUCAGGACCUCCCACCCCAGCUAAAGUCAGCACUGUGCCAAGAUGACAGCCCCGUGCAGCUGUAUCAGAUGACUUGUCCCUGACAAUGUCCCAGCCUACUGAAUGUUCUCGUCUAAGAAAGUAUUAACCACAGUAGAAGUAGAUCCCUGGGAUCCGUGACUCUGCCAACAUGCUCUCUAGAUGCAUAGCUGUAUUUGACUAGGCAGUCCACUCUGGUGGGUUCCUGCAUCGGGAGUCCCUAGGACUUGCUACACUGAUGCCAUAGAAUAGCAGGAUCCCAGCUGACGCAUGGGGACAUCUCCCAGGGUUAGAGGCAAAAGCGAGGGAAAACUCUUCUUAUUGUUCACUCCCGAGUGAACUUUUCGCUGCAGUAUUUCAGGUUAGUUGCCAGUUCGAGUUUUGAAUAGCUCUGUGCGUUGAGUGGCUGCUGAUACGUGUGGAUGCCCUCAGGCAUCCAUGCCCAUAAUGUGAGGCACAUGUCAGGCACACAUGCACACCUUCUGCAUAUGUAGCUGAAGCUGUUCCGAAAUGCAUUUUUUUAUAUUAAUGGAUUCUACAAAAAGUGCUGAUAUAUUUUCAUGAGUCAGCAGUUUUCUAACUUGUGCCUAAGAGUUAUACUGAAAUUAAAUGCUUCUUUUUUCCUUUUUUUGGUCAAACCUUCCCAGGAAUAUUUCUACCCAAACGAGAAGAAAGUUACAAAAACACAGAAGCACCUUCUGAGUGACCACUGAGUGGUACAUUUUCUAAAGCAAAUACCAGCGUCUUGAUUUCUUAACUAGUUAACUGCCUUCGAAAAUAAUUGCUUUUCUAAUCAGUGCCAGACAUGGCACUCGCUUCCCAGGUAACAAUCAGAACACUCACCACUGCUGUAAAUACGGAAGAGGCAAGCAGGCCUCCAUCGUUGCAGUCCUAUGUUUAUUUAUAAAGAUGACUCCAUUUUACCCCAGCAGUAAGUGCUUUUCCAUGAUGUUUUCAAAGUCUGAAUUAAUAGCAAGGCUAAAUGUACAAGACCCUGUGCCUCCCAACUCCUUUUUAAGAAGGGGUGGGGGAGUGACCACAGAAGCAUAGAGUGAAUGGGUGAAUUCAGUUAGCGUACUUCAGUAGAGAGGCAAAUGUGUGAUAAGCAACAAAAAAGAGCCCUGUGGGAUUAGGCCCAUCUAGUCCAGUAUCCUGUUAUCACAGUGAUGCACCAGUUGCCUGUAGGAAGGACCUGGGUAGUGCUCUCCCAACCCACAAUUUUCAGUAGGCAGACUGUCUCUGUUGGUCUUCACCCACGGUUUGUCCUCUUCUGUUGAUGACGGAACUGGGCUCUUUCUUCUACACAGGGGUGACUCACCUGUGCAGUGGACCCAAGUAGCAGCUUGAGGCAGCAAUAUUUUUAAGUGAGUGUGCAAUCUGAGAGCUGCUCCUGCCCCCCUCCUAAGCAACGUGGCCAAGAGCGUGCUAUCACUCUCCUCCGCCACGUUGCCUAGGAUCCAAGGAGCGCAUCUCUCAGAUCCAGAACUCACAUCAUCUCAGGCUCGUCAUGUUCAUAGAAUAGCAAUCAACACUGCACACUUGACAUUUUAUCAGCACUCAAUGGCAUGUUUAUGUGUUUUGGUACUGGCCAAACUGCUGGAUUGUUCUAUCUCUCUGCCUUCUUUCCAGCCAUCUCGACCCUGCUACCCAGUGUGUAUUUAGUAGCAGCACGAUAUUGGAUGUCAGGCCUGCUAGAACGUAGGCUGGUUCCCUAGAGAGUAGCAUAGCAGUCACAAUAGCAUUAGACCUUGAAACGGUUUCUAAACAUGAGCUAGACAGACAAAGAGGACACAGCCAGUGUCCCUUCUUGUCUUUGGUGUGAUAGGAGUUGGGUUCCAGCGUGUGUGUCAAAGAGUUGUUAUAGACUUAGACUGUGAAAGCGUUGAACGUAGCAUUGGACAGAUGUGGAGCAUGAAUCAUCUAAGCAAAGAAAUGUUUUUAGAUAGCCAUGUGAUACUUUGGUUCUCGAGUGGAGGCCCAGGGCUCAACUCAUUUGCAAAUCCCUCUGCAUCGUUUAAAUACAGGGCAGCUCAGAGUGCCAAAAGGACACCGAGGAGAAGAGAGGGAGGGAGUUAGUGUACAAAGCUCACAGAGGAACUCCCUGACUGGCAAAUGCCUGCCUGCCUGAUGUCCACACAAGUGCUUCGUUCAGCGAGUCUGCUUGGUGCUUGUGUUGAUGACUUGCCUGUGAUGCAGGCCUUAGGCAUCAGCUGUGCUUGCCAAGACAGCCAGCACCAUCCAAUAGCCACAGAUCUGUGGCCCAAUUCCAUGAUGUACAGAGUAACAAGGUUUAUUUAUUUCUUUCUUUUUUAGAGAAAUUUAUUUUUGUAGCUACCUUGCAUGAUACUGUGAUACCAAGUACAUCUUCUUAGAUUAGCUCAUGCCACGUUCGUUAACUUAUCACAAACAACAGGACUAGAUUUCGCAUAAUGGGCAACUUGCAAACUCAAGAGUAGGAUAGUUGCAACAAAGACCCACUGAUAUAAUUUUAGCCGGUUUCCUUACCACACUUGCUUGAGACACAGACAGCACCUGUUUCCUUGCUAUGUCGCAAACCUUCUACUGUCAAGCUCAAGUGAGCAAUGUAUACCACAGCGUUGAUAAAUUUGCAUUUUCCUUGCAUUGCUCUGUAAGUUAUGUAUUACUCUCCACUUAUAAGCUAGCGAAGCCACACUGUGGGU